GUGACAACCAUUAUUCAUUUCCAGUUGGCAAAAAACUUUUUUUUUCCUCUUUCUAUUUUUUAGGAACUCUUCCAGCAGUUUUUGUUUAUUUCAGUGACUUAUUUUUAUUUUUCCAAAUCAAAAUCAAUUAAUCAAAAUCAAAGAAAGAUAAUUAUUGAUUAUUUGUUUAUAGUUGGUUAUCGUUAAAACGCAAUUUCAAAUCUGGUGAUUAACAUUACCCUCUCACCACACUCACACACCAUUUUAUUUCUCGCACGGAGUAACAACAAUCACAUUCAGAGAUAAUAAUAAUGCAGAAACCUACCAGAAAUUCACGCACUUGUACCACCGGUAUCUUAACAUGGCCGGAAAAUUCUCCUCCGUUACCGCCGUUACUGCUAACCACCGCUCUCAUCAGCCUUCUGAUGAUAUCGGUGAUGUUCUUCGCGGCAAAAAGGUCGGCGAGAAUGAAGCACAGAAUUUAGCCAAGUGGAAACCAAGCUCAGGGUAUCGUAGAACAAAAGAGGCGACUGGAAAUGGUAAAGUUUCGUCAAAUGCUGAGGAUACCACCACAACAGAAGCCAAGUCCAAUGCUGCAAAUUCUAAAGACAGUGGUAUAUUUUCGGCAAAUGCUGAGGAUACCACAUCAGAAGUCAAUGAUGCAAAUUCUAAAGACAGAACAAGCAUACGCGUUUAUCAGCAAGCAAUGAAUGGAAUUAGUCAGAUAUCAUUUAACACCGAAGAAAACAUUUCUCCUAAGAAGCCAAUAUCGUUACCUGAGGCAGCAAAGCAGCGUGAACUUGGUGGAACAUUUCAAAAUGAACCAGGCACAAAUAGUAAGAAACUGAUGUCAAGUUCCAAGACCAAGGAGAUCGGCGGAAAUGAUAUAUUUGGACCUCCUAAUGAAAUUGUGCCUCGUUCGUUGGCUGCUGCAGGCACUUUGGAUUCAAAAGUUUCUAAUGCUGCUGGUGUCCGAAGUAAUGGCAUGUUUGGUGAAGAAUCAGUUCAGAAGACCUCAAGGAAAUUACAUGACCAGAAGUUUGCAGACCUGACAGGCAAUAAUAUUUUUAAGGGAGAUGUUACUCCAGGAUCAGUGGAAAAGCGUCCAAACAUGGUGGCUAAACUUAGAGAAAUGGCUGGCAAUGACAUAUUUGCUGACGGAAAGGCAGAAAACAGAGACCGUUUACUAGGUGGUCGCAGACACGCUGGUGGCGGAAGCAACAUAUUUUCUGAUGGAAAAGCAGAAAACAGAGACCGUUUACUAGGUGCCCGCAGACAUGCUGGUGGAGGAAGUAACAUAUUUGCUGAUGGGAAGGCAGAAAAUAGAGACAGAAUAUUAGGUGCCCGCAGACCUCCUGGUGGAGCAAGCAGCAUUGUCCUGGAUUAAACUUUAUUUUCAAUUUUCCGCCAAUCUGUAUAGGUAUUACGAAUUCCUCUGAACUCCCGUGUUUUGAUCAGAAGGAUCGGGAUCAGUUUGUUGGAUUGUUGGCAUUUUAUAGUGAUGCAGUGUAAGUAGCUUGUGUUACCAUAAUGGGUGCAAGUGGUUAUUUAUUUUGAUAUACACAACCAUGAAAAAUUUGUUAAGAUUUUCUUUAUUGUUGGCAUUGUAUAGUGAUGCAAGUGUAACUAGUUUGUGUUA